GAUAGAUAGAUAUGAUGAUGAUGUUGUUGCAGGGUUCGGAGUGUAGGACGGUGAUGGCAAUGCUGGUGUUCGACCUCAUCUCUGCUGUGAUGACAGCGCUGGUGAAGAAGGCGCUGCAACAAGGUCUCAACCGCCUCGUCCUCAUCACGCUCCGCCAGUUGGUCGCCACUCUCUUCCUCGCUCCAAUUGCUUUUUUCAAAGAACGGAACACAAGGCCCAAGCUGACAUCGGAGAUACUUGUGUACCUCUUCUUCAGUGCAUUGCUUGGUGCUGGUCUGUCUCAGUACACCUUCUUCUACGGGCUGCAGUACACGACGGCGACGUACGCCAUAACAUUCGCCAACUUGUCUCCAGUGCUCACCUUCCUGAUUGCCAUAGCGCUGAAGGUGGAAUCGCUGAACAUGAAGAGCAAGGCAGGUGGUGCCAAGAUCCUCGGUACGCUGACAUCGAUGGCGGGCUUGCUGGUGCUGAGCCUGUACAAGGGUGUGGCCCUGACAAACCGAUCAGCCAUGGAAGCUUCAGGAGCAGGAGGAGAGAAGAAGAAGCAGUGGACGCUGGGGACGGUGGUGCUGCUGGGCAACUGCCUGUGCUUCUCGCUGUGGCUGCUGCUGCAGACGAAGCUGACGAAGAAGUACCCGGCGAUCUACUCCAGCACGGCCAUCAUGUUCUUCAUCAGCACGCUGCAGGGUGGGGCGCUGACGCUGGCCACGGGCAGGCUCACCGCCUCCGCCUGGGCCUGGGCUGUCACCACCAAACUGGAAAUCCUCACUAUCCUCUACUCGGGCGUAAUGGCGUCUGGAGUAGGGUACCUGAUAAUGACAUGGUGUGUGGGGAAGAGGGGUCCCGUCUUCACCGCAGCCUUCAUACCCGUCAUCCAGAUCAUGGUUGCCUUCAUCGACUUCUUCGUCCUCCAUGAGCAGCUUCACCUCGGAAGCGUGGUAGGAUCGGUGCUGAUGAUCCUAGGGCUGUAUCUUCUGCUGUGGGGGAAGAAGAGAGACGCUGCUGCUGCUUCCUCGUCGGUGGUGGUCGUAUGUUGCCCCAAGCAGCUGGAAGAGGCAGCGGCACCUGUCGUCGUCAAACUAUAAUUAAUUCACUCCCUCCUAAUUUGUUUCUUCAUCUAGCCAAUAUACUGAUAUGUAUUAUAUAUAUUUGACAAUAGAGAUA